AUGCGGUUCUAUCUUUCUACGGCUCUCGCACUCGUAGCCACGGUCCUGGCUGCUCCGGCUCAGCAAUCUUAUGAGUGUGAUGUCUCGGGCGUGAACCUCGCUCUUCCCAGUGGCAUCAGCGUUCCCAGUGGCGCUAAGGCUAAAUACAUCGCUCUUGGAUAUGGCACACAAAACUACACUUGCGGUGCAACAGGGACCUACGCCUCAGCCGGGGCCGUCGCAAAGCUCCUUGAUAUCAGCUGCCUCACCAAAACCGACCUAGAACUGUUCAGGGACAUUCAUGAAUAUGCAUACAACGUAAAAGGGCGAUGGGACCUUAUCGAAUCUUUCCUUGGCCCUUACGUACAUUUCCUUGGUCAUCAUUAUUUUAUUUCCCAGAGCGGAGGCAUCGCUCCCAAGUUCGAUUUUGGUCAAAGUGGACAUGGAUACGUAGUUGCCAAGAAGACUGGGGGGGCUCCUUCGCCCGAUGGCUCUCAGAAUGUCGACUGGCUUGAGCUUGAGAAUACCUCUGGAAACUUGUCCAAGUAUAUUUUCCGCGUAGAUACUCAAGGUGGUCAGCCUCCCUCAUCGUGCAAGGCCGGACAGAGUGUGCAAGUACUGUAUACUGCCAAAUACUGGUUCUUCAACUAG